AUGCCUCUUCGCACACCGGACACUUCGAUGCCCGUUUCCAAGCAAUUUUCACUGGAAGGCAAAGUCUGCGUUGUUACUGGGGGAGCACGCGGGAUCGGACUUGAAGUCGUACGGGGAUUUGCCGAAGCCGGCGCAGACGUCGCGUUCACGUACUUGACCAGCUCCGGCGCAUCAGAAACAGCAGGGCAAAUUUCUCGCGAGACAGGGCGGACUGUGAGAGCCUACAAAGCGAAUGUCUGCAACCGCACCGAGAUCUCUGACACCAUGGCCGCGAUUUUCAACGACUUCGGUCAUCUGGAGGUGGUUGUGGCCAACGCUGGUGUCUGCGCUCAGAUCUCCAGCCUCGACUACACGCAGGAGACGUGGGGCCGGGAUUAUGCUGUCAACGUUGAGGGAGUCAUGUGGACGGCGCAGGCUGCGGGAAAGAUCUUUCAAGCGCAGGGCCACGGAAAUCUCAUCAUCACCGCCAGCGUGAGCUCGGUCUUGGUCAAUUUCCCCCAACCACAGGCAUCGUACAACUCGAGCAAGGCCGCCGCCGCACAUCUGGGCAAGAACCUCGCGGUGGAAUGGGUCGAUUUUGCCCGCGUAAACUGUGUCAGCCCUGGCUACGUCGCAACAAACAUGACUUUGAGCCAACCAGAGUCGAUCCGCAGUCAAUGGACGUCUCAAGUCCCCGGGCGCCGGAUGGCCGAGCCUGCGGAGCUGAAAGGGGCAAUUAUAUGUGUUUCUUGCAAGUGA